GUCAGUGUCUACAGUCAUUAAAUCUUUCAGUCAGUAACGGCGCAUCGACAGCAGUCCAAUGUCAUUUUAUUGUGAAAAUCUGCUCCUGUUGCAGCCCUUCCUGCUUCCUGACAGGUGGAGCUGGGACUCAUUCCAGGGAACAGCUCACCUGUGUCAGAGUUUUCUCUCCAGGCGGAGAGUUACCCUCUUCUUCAUCAACUCUUCUUCAUCAACUCUUUGGACUGUUUGAAGAAACUAUGAAAGGCUGAGUUCAGCAGCAUGGAUCAGUGUGAGGACAGAGAAACCACUGGGGAACAGUACCACCAGACCAAAGCUCAGAGUAUCCAUCAGAGACCAGACUCUCCUGAACCAGAACCCAGCUGUGUGUCCUUCAAGAGUGACCGGUCUAAGGAUUGGCCUCUAGCUUUCAAAGAUGGACUUCACUCUGUUGAUCAAAGGGUGGAGCCUGCUGGAGACAGAUGGUUGACACCAGGUCUGAGGAAGUAUUCCUGUCAACUCACACUGGACACAAACACAGUGAGCAGAAAACUCAAACUGUCUGACAACAACAGGAAGGUGACACAUGUGGAGAAGUAUCAGCCAUAUCCUAAACUUCCAGAGAGGUUUGACCAUCCUCAGCUGCUGUGUAGAGAUGGUCUGACUGGUCGCUGUUACUGGGAGGUUGAGAGGAGAGGAGAGUUUUUUUUAUCAGUGAGUUACAGAGGAAUCAGCAGGAAAGGAAACAGUAGAGACUGUUUGUUUGGAUAUAAUGAUCAGUCCUGGAGUCUGAGGUGCUCUGAUGGUCGUUACUCUGUCUGGCACAAUAACAGAGAAACAUCCAUCUCCUCCUCCUCUGUCUCUGGUAGAGUAGCAGUGUAUGUGGACUGUCCUGCUGGCUCUCUGUCCUUCUACACAGUCUCCUCUGACUCACUGAUCCACCUCUACACCUUCAACACCACAUUCACUCAGCCUCUCUAUCCUGGGUUUGGGUUCUGGUCUGGUUCCUCAGUGUCUCUGUGUUCUGUGGAGGACGGAGAGUCUCCUCCUGUUUCUCACUGCUGAUCAGUUGAGUCUGUACAGGAUCACACUUACAGAAAUAUGUCAGGUUAUUGUUAUAAACUAAUGAAUGAACUUUGUAUAAAAUAAUUCAGAAUGAUUGAACAGAUUCCUCGUGAACAUUGUAAACUCCUUCCACUACCAGUCCUUUAAAGAUGGAAGCUGUGAUCAUGAAAUUGUAGAAAUGCCGUUGACUUGUGUCAUGUUUUGUUUUGAGUUCUGUCUCUUUUCACAAUAAAAGCAUAAAGUUA